GAUUUUUACAAGCUAAGAAAAUAAGAGUUUCCUGUAGAGAUGAAGUUGAAUAUUUCCUAUCCAGUAACUGGCUGCCAGAAGCUCUUCGAGGUGGUGGACGAGCACAGGCUGCGUAUUUUCUACGAGAAGCGAAUGGGAGCCACCGUUCCGGCGGAUCAAUUGGGUGACGAGUGGCGGGGCUACAUGCUCCGCAUCGCUGGUGGCAACGACAAGCAGGGAUUCCCCAUGAAACAGGGCAUCUUCAGCCAGCAGCGUGUCCGCCUGCUCCUGAAAUCCGGUCAAUCCUGUUAUCGUGCCCGUCGCGAUGGCGAAAGGAAGCGGAAGUCCGUUCGUGGCUGCAUCGUUAAUGCCAAUAUGUCUGUUUUGGCCUUGGUAAUAGUUCACAAGGGAGAGGAGGACAUUCCUGGACUAACGGACACCUUUAAACCCCGUCGUUUGGGUCCCAAACGGGCCAGCAAGAUCCGCAAGCUGUACAAUCUGUCCAAGGAGGACGAUGUGCGUCGCUAUGUGGUUCGUCGUCCUCUGCCCGAGAGGGAUGGCAAGAAGGCCACCUCCAAGGCGCCGAAGAUCCAGCGCCUGAUCACCCCGGUUGUCCUGCAGCGCAAGAGGAAGAUGCUCGCCGAGCGCAAGAAGCGGAGCACUGCCUCCAAGUUGGCCGCCGCUGAGUACGCCAAGCUGCUGUCGCUCCGCAAGAAGGAAUCGAAGGCCAGACGCGAGUCGGAUAAACGCCGUCGUUCGCUGUCCCAGCGCAGCUCCAAGUCAUCGGUGAAUUCAUCCACUUCAGUCUAGGAAUUGGGGAGAAUUUCCCAUCAAUAAGCUACAUUGAGGGUCUUAAUAAUUACUAUAAAAUAAAAAAGAUUAUAGAUCUCUUU